AUGUCCAACGCUGAGCCCGCCGACCCCGUCGCCAAGGGUGUCCUCGCUACGGCCAAGCAGUCCUGGAAGGAUCUCUUCAUCUGGAAGCAGCGCACCGUUGUCGUCGCUCCCGAUGGCGAGACCACUACCGAAUGGGUCAGCCCUGAUCCCAUCAAGAACCCCAUCAGCUUGAUGGCCCAGCUUAGCGCUCGCGACUGGCUGUUCUUCAUCUGCGGUUUCUGCGCCUGGACGGCCGAUGCCUUUGAUUUCCACGCCCUCUCUAUCCAGACCACCAAGCUGGCCAAGUACUACGACCGAUCAAAGACGGACAUCACCACCGCCAUCACUCUUACCCUCCUCCUGCGAUCCGUCGGCGCUGCCGCCUUCGGACUCGCUGGUGACAAGUGGGGUCGCAAGUGGCCCAUGGUCAUGAACAUGAUCAUCCUCGGUGUUCUCCAGAUCGCCACCAUCUACAGCACAACCUUCCAGCAGUUCUUGGCAGUCCGCAGCUUGUUCGGUCUGUUCAUGGGAGGUGUCUACGGAAACGCCAUUGCUAUGGCUCUUGAGCACUGCCCUUCCAACGCUCGUGGUCUCAUGUCUGGUAUUCUCCAGCAGGGCUACUCCUUCGGCUACGUCCUCGCUGCCUGCGCCAACCUCGGCGUCGGUGGUGGCACCGACACCUGGAAGACCGUCUUCUGGAUCGCCGCCGGUAUCUCCAUCGCCGUCGGUCUCGUUCGCGUCCUCUUUCCCGAGUCCCAACAAUUCCUUGAGGCCAAGGCCGCGGGCAAGAAGGAUGCCUCUCCUGGCGCCUUCUGGAGGGAGACCAAGAAGAUGUUGGCCCAGGAGUGGAAGAUGUGCGUCUACUGCAUCAUCCUCAUGACCUGGUUCAACUACUACUCCCACACUUCUCAAGACUCUUACACCACAUUCAUGAUUGCUCAGAAGGAGAUGGCCAACGACGGUGCUUCCCGUGCCUCCAUUCUCAUGAAGGCUGGUGCUUGCGUCGGCGGUACCAUCAUCGGUUACCUGUCCCAGUUCUUCGGUCGUCGCCGCGCCAUCAUCGUCUCGGCUCUCAUCUCCGCUUGCCUCAUUCCCGCCUGGAUUCUCCCCAUUGGCGAGCGCAGCCUCAGCGCCAGCGGUUUCUUCAUGCAGUUCUUCGUCCAGGGUGCCUGGGGUGUCAUUCCCAUCCACCUGAACGAGCUUUCUCCCCCUGCCUUCCGUUCUUCCUUCCCCGGUAUCACCUACCAGCUCGGCAACAUGAUCUCGUCUCCUUCUGCGCAGAUCGUCAACGCCAUCGCUGAGAGCACCUUCGUCACCGCACCCUCCGGUGACAGGGUCGAGGCCUACGGUCCCGUCAUGGGUAUUGCCACGGCCAUCAUCGCCCUCGGCAUUGUCUUCACCACCAUGUUCGGUCCCGAGCGCCGCGGCCGCAGCUUCGAGCACGCCGUCGCCGGUGUCCAGGGCGAGUUCGAGGAGAAGAAGGUCAUUGACGAGCACGACGAGGAGAAGGGCAGCAUCCACGCUGACAACGUCGAGAACGUCCGCAAGGAGGAGGCUUAA